AACGCAAUUUGCAAAACGCAACGCAUUCGUGACUCAUGGGACGCCACCCUGUUUGCAUGCUGUGUAUGAAAAGGCCUUUACGCGAGCUUGGUUUGAACUUGUGUGAUAAUGAAUCACUCAUUAACAUGAAGGCUAACAACGUGUUUUUUGAUCGAGCGGCUUGUUUAAAGUUAUAAAAUACUAAAAUGACUGAUAUAGAAUGUAUUAUAUGCGUGCCCGGACAAAGAUUAUUUUCAUCUGGCAAAGAAAACAUUCCUGGAUCUGGAACUUACGAGCAACUUGGUUACAUUUAUUCGAAGCUUGCCGGUUUUGUCAAAAUAGUGAAAGACAAAAAUAUUAAUAGAAUCGAAGUGCAUAGCGUAAUGGAGCAAAGCAUUGUACCUGCACCUGGCGAUAUAGUUACUGGAAUGAUAACUCUUGUCAAUCAAAGGUUUUGUAAAUGUACAAUAAAAUGUAUAGGAGACAUAGUGCUGACUAGACCUUAUAGAGGGAUUUUACGUAGAGAAGAUGUUAGAUCAACGGAAAAAGAUAAAAUAGAAAUGUACAAAUCUUUUCGAUCAGGUGACAUCAUUCUAGCAAGAGUUUUGCCAAUGACGGAAGCACAUACUUAUCAACUUAGUACGGCGGAAAAUGAGUUAGGUGUCGUCAUAGCACACAGUGAAGAAGGAACUUCAAUGAUCCCCGUAAGUUGGACAGAGAUGCAGUGCCCCAGAACACUUGCAAAAGAAUUUCGUAAAGUCGCAAAAAUUGUCCCAGAAGAGUUGGUGAAUGAACUGUAAAAUUAUCUCUAUUUUAUAAUAAAUUUCUCUCUAUUAACAA